UCGGUGAAGUCAGCUCCGAGUCCCAGAAAAACAGAGCGGGGCCAGCUGCAGCGUGUAGUGCGAGAGGGGCGGACGCGCGCAGCCCGCCCGCCCGGCGACCAGCAAGGAGUUGGCAUCCUUUGGAAGAGUUCGUGAAACCUUUCUGCCCAGAGCUCCUGGACCAAUGCAUCUUCCCACCACCUUAAACCACUGAGCAGUUCAGAGCCCCAGUUGCAGACGACUUGUCCUGCCACCACCAUGAGCUCUGAAUGUGAUGGUGGUUCGAAAGCUGUGGUGAAUGGCUUGGCACCCAGCAGUAAUGGGCAAGACAAAGCAACUGCCUACCCUUUACGUGCACGCUCUAUUUCUGCUGUUAAAAUCAUUCCUGUGAAGACAGUGAGAAACGCCUCAGGCCUAGUUCUCCCUCCAGACAUGGAUCCUACGAAAAUCUGCACUGGAAAGGGAGCAGUGACUCUCCGGGCCUCGUCUUCCUAUAGGGAAACACCAAGCAGUAGCCCUGUGAGUCCUCAGGAAACCCUGCAACACGAAAGCAAACCAGGGCUGGAGCCAGAGCCUUCGUCAGCAGAUGAGUGGAGGCCUUCUUCCAAUGCUGAUGCCAAUGGAAAUGCCCAGCCCUCUUCACUCGCUGCCAAGGGCUACAGAAGUGUGCAUCCCAACCUACCUUCCGACAAGUCCCAGGAUGCCACUUCCUCCAGUGCAGCCCAGCCGGAGGUAAUAGUUGUCCCUCUCUACCUGGUUAACACUGACAGAGGGCAAGAAGGCACGGCCAGAUCGCCAGCACCUCUGGGGCCUCUUGGCCGCGUCCCCACAAUCCCAGCGACCGCCUCUGCAGCCUCACCUCUGACCUUCCCGACUCUAGAUGAUUUCAUUCCCCCUCAUCUGCAGAGGUGGCCCCACCACAGCCAGCCAGCCCGCACCACUGGCUCCUUUGCCCCCAUUAGCCAGACGCCACCAUCCUUCUCACCACCACCUCCGCUGGUCCCUCCCGCCCCGGAGGACCUCCACAGAGUCUCGGAGCCUGACCUCACGGGAGCUGUUUCGAGUACCGAUUCCAGUCCUCUACUAAAUGAAGUUUCUUCUUCCCUUGUUGGAACUGAUUCCCAAGCCUUUCCACCAGUUAGCAAGCCUUCGUCCGCCUAUCCCUCCACAACAAUUGUCAAUCCUACUAUUGUGCUCUUACAACACAAUCGAGAACAGCAAAAACGACUCAGUAGCCUUUCAGAUACUGUCUCAGAAAGAAGAGUGGGAGAGCAGGACUCAGCACCAACCCAGGAAAAACCCACCUCACCUGCCAGGGCUGCUGAAAAAAGAGCAAAGGAUGACAGUAGGCGGGUGGUGAAGAGCGCUCAGGACCUAAGCGAUGUUUCCAUGGAUGAAGUGGGCAUCCCACUCCGGAACACUGAGCGAUCAAAAGACUGGUACAAGACUAUGUUUAAACAGAUCCACAAACUAAACAGAGACACUCCUGAAGAAAACCCUUAUUUCCCUACGUACAAAUUCCCUGAACUUCCUGAAAUCCAGCAAACUUCUGAAGAGGACAAUCCUUACACUCCUACCUACCAGUUUCCUGCAUCUACUCCUAGUCCUAAAUCUGAAGAUGAUGAUUCAGAUCUGUACUCUCCAAGAUACUCGUUUUCUGAAGACACAAAAUCUCCCCUUUCUGUGCCUCGCUCAAAAAGUGAGAUGAGCUACAUUGAUGGUGAGAAGGUAGUCAAGAGGUCAGCCACACUACCCCUCCCAGCCCGCUCUUCCUCACUGAAAUCAAGCCCAGAAAGAAAUGACUGGGAACCCCCAGAUAAGAAAGUAGAUACAAGAAAAUACCGUGCAGAGCCCAAAAGCAUUUACGAAUAUCAGCCGGGCAAAUCUUCCGUUUUGAGCAACGAAAAGAUGAGUCGGGAUAUAAGCCCAGAAGAGAUAGAUUUAAAGAAUGAACCUUGGUAUAAAUUCUUUUCGGAAUUGGAGUUUGGGAAACCGCCUCCCAAAAAGAUAUGGGAUUAUACUCCUGGAGACUGCUCUAUCCUUCCUAGAGAGGAUAGAAAGACUAAUCUAGACAAAGAUCUCAACCUCUGCCAGACAGAGUUAGAGGCAGAUUUAGAAAAAAUGGAGACGCUUAAUAAAGCACCCAGUGCAAACGUGCCACAGAGCUCAGCUAUCAGCCCCACUCCGGAAAUUUCUUCAGAGACUCCUGGAUACAUAUAUUCUUCCAACUUCCAUGCAGUGAAGAGGGAAUCAGACGGGGCUCCUGGGGAUCUCACUAGCUUGGAGAAUGAGAGACAAAUUUACAAAAGUGUCUUGGAAGGUGGCGACAUCCCUCUUCAGGGCCUGAGUGGGCUCAAGCGACCAUCCAGCUCAGCUUCCACAAAAGAUUCAGAAUCGCCAAGACAUUUUAUACCAGCUGAUUACUUGGAAUCCACAGAAGAAUUUAUUCGAAGACGUCAUGAUGAUAAGGAGAAACUUUUAGCGGACCAGAGACGACUUAAGCGCGAGCAAGAAGAGGCUGAUAUUGCAGCUCGACGCCACACGGGCGUCAUUCCGACGCACCAUCAGUUUAUCACUAAUGAGCGCUUUGGGGACCUCCUCAAUAUAGACGAUACCGCAAAAAGGAAAUCUGGGUCAGAGAUGAGACCUGCCAGAGCCAAGUUUGACUUUAAAGCUCAGACACUAAAGGAGCUUCCUCUGCAGAAGGGAGAUAUUGUUUACAUUUAUAAGCAAAUUGAUCAGAACUGGUAUGAAGGAGAACACCACGGCCGGGUAGGAAUCUUCCCACGCACCUACAUUGAGCUUCUUCCUCCUGCUGAGAAGGCUCAGCCCAAAAAGUUGACACCAGUGCAGGUUUUGGAAUAUGGAGAAGCUAUUGCUAAGUUUAACUUUAAUGGUGAUACACAAGUAGAAAUGUCCUUCAGAAAGGGUGAAAGGAUUACACUGCUCCGGCAGGUAGAUGAGAACUGGUACGAAGGGAGGAUCCCAGGGACAUCCCGACAAGGCAUCUUCCCCAUCACCUACGUGGAUGUGAUCAAGCGGCCACUGGUGAAAAACCCCGUGGAUUACGUGGACCUGCCUUUCUCCUCCUCCCCAAGUCGCAGUGCCACUGCGAGCCCACAGUUUUCCAGUCACAGCAAGCUCAUCACGCCAGCCCCCUCAUCUCUGCCCCACUCCCGCCGAGCCCUGUCCCCUGAGAUGCACGCUGUCACCUCUGAGUGGAUCUCACUGACUGUGGGGGUCCCAGGCAGGCGUUCUCUGGCCCUGACCCCACCCUUGCCUCCUCUGCCAGAGACUUCUGUCUAUAACACUGACCACCUCGCCUUGUCCCCGAGGGCCAGUCCCUCCCUGUCUCUCAGCCUCCCGCAUUUGAGUUGGUCCGAUCGUCCUACCCCACGAUCAGUAGCUUCUCCACUGGCCCUACCUUCCCUGCACAGAACCUACUCCCUAGCACCCAGUUCCCAGGCCUCCCUUCACAUCAAUGGAGACGGUGGCGUCCACCAAGAUAGCUUCUCGCAGCUGCCGCUGGGGAGCUCUGAUAGUGUCAUCUCCCAGCUUAGUGAUGCCUUUAGCAGCCAGAGCAACAGGCAGCCGUGGCGCGAAGAGAGCGGACGAUAUGAGAGGAAAGCAGAGAGGGAGGCAGGCGAGAGAGGCCCUGGUGGACCCAAGAUCUCUAAGAAGAGCUGCUUGAAGCCUUCAGACGUGGUCAGGUGCCUGAGUACUGAACAGAGACUCUCAGAUCUCAACACCCCUGAGGAGAGCCGGCCCGGCAAGCCCCUGGGUAGCGCUUUUCCAGGAAGUGAGGCUGAGCAGACAGAGCGGCAUAGAGGUGGCGAGCAGGCGGGGAGGAAAGCUGCUCGCAGAGGUGGGAGCCAGCAACCUCAAGCCCAGCAGCGAAGAAUCACGCCCGACAGAAGUCAAACCUCACAAGAUUUAUUUAGCUAUCAAGCAUUAUAUAGCUAUAUACCACAGAAUGAUGAUGAGUUGGAACUCCGAGAUGGAGACAUUGUUGAUGUCAUGGAAAAAUGUGACGAUGGAUGGUUUGUUGGUACUUCAAGAAGGACAAGGCAGUUUGGUACUUUUCCAGGCAACUAUGUAAAACCUUUGUAUCUAUAAGAAGACUGAAAACCAUGGAGAUUAUUUUUAUUGGAGGAUGAAGCAUCAUUCAUGAACUGAUCUUUUUAGUUGAGUCAGUAGGAAAAUUAAUACAGUGGAUAAAGUAAGAAGCAAAGGACAGGGACAGAGAAGUGUUGUGUUUAAAGCCCAAGCCUGUCUAAGGUUACUGUAUAUUAGACAGGGCCGAACUAGUGUGCUGAGCAAAAAGAAUUGAGGCAAAUUGUAUUUACUUAGUCACUUCUGGGAGCCACUCCAGCCUUUUCCCCUCCCCUCCAUCUCUUGGGUAAUCUGACCUGAAGCAUAGUCCAGGAGCAGAGUUAGUCAGAAAUGCCUCCUGCUGCCCCAGCCUGUGAAAGCUCCCAUCUCAAAGGAAUUAUUGAGCCUGAAGGCUUCAGGUCUAAGAAUGCACCAAGACCCCCAGCCUACAUCUCCCAGCUCCUCUGGAGCCGGCUGAUCCUUUAAUACUGCUGGAGGUCAGUCUGGGCUGCCUAGGCUGUCCCUAGACAAAGGUGGAGUCCCCCAGACUGCCCAACACCAAAUCCUCACUCAACUUGCUGAGGUGUGGAUGGAGAAAUGGAGGCAAAACUUGGGCUCCCGAUGCAUUCAGCUUGCCGUACAGCUCUGCUGUUGACUGCCGUGGUGUUCAGACAGAAAAGCACACAAGGUUUGCCCAUGAGAACUGGGGAGCAGAUGGCCAAGCAGAUAGGUUACCAAGUGUAUUUCCUGUGAUUAAGUCAGGAAGCACUGUAGCUCCCGAGGCCACUGAAUGGUCCAUUAUUUUCCCACAUCCCUGGCUUUUAUAAAUGUUAUCUUCAGGACAGCGCCGCUGCAGUUAUCAGAGCACUAUUGCUCACUUUUCUUUUCUGGCUUAUGUUUGUCUGGGACAGUUUGGAAUUGGGAGGCCUAUUCUCACAGAAAACCAAAAUGAUGUUCAACAAUUAAUUUACAUUCACCAACUUACGCUGGCUGCCGGGGGCCCACUGAUAAGCAAGACAUGCCCAGGCUUUGCCGUGGCUCCAGAUCUACUCCCUGUGGGAGUUCAAGGAUCACACAAAUUGUAGUAAUCGGGGUUGUGAAUUUGAGUACACCCUGGCAAGGCUUCCCUUCCGACUGAAGCAGCAAUUCUGCCACUACCAGCAGCAACCAGGACGUCUGUCCAGGGGGUUGUACCAGAAGAGAGAGGCCCCUGUGACGCCUGGGGUGCUUGGUCACAACUCUGUCCAAUUCAAGGAUGUUUAUUGGCCUCUCUCUUAGACCCCUUAGUGAGACAACUACAGAAAUGGCCCAUUCCCUGCCCACCAGGAACUCAGAGGUGACUGGGAAGACAGACACAGGAAAAAGAGCGUAAUCAAGAGAGACUGUGAUAUGUGCUAAGAAGGAUGUGAGGGAGGAAGAGAUGAAUUUUCCCUGGAGGGAUCCUAGAAAGCAUUGUCAUAUUUCUGUCUCCAUUAGCUCACUGUUAAACAACUAUGAUGCUAGAAGAACCUUUGUCUGAGGAUAGUUCAUAGCUGGAAAUACUUGGAAUGUUUUCCAGAGUCUCCAAAUUCUCGUCUUCCCCACAGGUACACAUCCAAGUUCACAAGUAGGAGUAGCAAUUCUAGGAGAUAGGGGUGUGUACAGGAACCCCUGGCUGUCUGCAUAUAGCUCAGAAUUACCCCAGGACCAUUGUCCCAAGGUCUGGAGUCUUUACAGGUAGGCAAAAUUGAUUUUCAAUACCUGUUCUUCAGCUGCUGUCACAAAUACCUAUCUUAGGAUCCCACCAGCCUCCCACCUCCCACCAGACAGCCACAGCACCCUCACUUUCUCCCUAUUCUUUCAAAUUAUUUUGUCAGGAAAGAAGCUGCCGCUGGUUCAUUCACACUAAGGUGUAAAUGAUUGAUAGUAGUAAUGUGUUACCUCUUCCCACAGACAGUUGUUUUUAAGUAGGACAGAGCAGGGCCUUUUGGGAAUCCCAAUGGAAAAGGCUAUGGAACUGGAGGAGGUGAGCUUUCUUGGUAGAAGGAGACUUCCUGAUUUUCCUUAAGACCCAGUGAGAGUAAGACCUAUGGCUUUGGAAGGUCUGCUCCACCAUCUAAGAGCACUGUUUUUUUUUUUUUGUUUUUUUUUGUUUUUUUAACUGUCUCUGAGGGAAUAUAGUAAAAAUGCAUAUGCACGUGCAGUUUGCACAGCAGCAUUUCACCUGUUUUGGAAUGUAUUGGCUAAUGUGUUUCCUGGUCUUUCUUAGACAUGAACCAUUAACAACACUGUCUUAUCGAACAGUUUUUUUGAGGGGUGCUUCUUGAUUAGGUAGGUAGUUUUGAACAUGUCUUUAAAUACAGCUAGAAAAUAAAACCAAUUUGUAAAGCCACAUUUGCAUAUGAUGCCAGCCUCACGCAUUUGUGUAUCUCCAGAAGUUCGGGUAUGCCUCACCGAUUUGCCCGUCUUUAAUAAAAUCAUGUGUUAAAAUUUGCAUCACUUCGCCUUCCUAUGUAUGAUGAAACAAGGAACAGAAGUUUCCAAUUGCUCUUUUGUCUUCAGACAUUUAGUAAUACAAAGUACCUAUUUUUAUGCUGAAAUGUUUAUACAGGUUUAUUAAUAGCAAGUGCAACUCACUGGCGGCAUGCCUUGCAACACAUUUUGAUAUAUUAGCCAUGCUUCCGGGUAAAGGCAAGCCCCAAACUCCUUAUCUUUUGCAGUCUCUCUGGGAUCAGUUAAAAAAAAAAAAAAAAAAAAAAAAAAAAAAAAAAAAAAGUCAUGUGCUUAAGAAGUGGGACUGUAAAUAUGUAUAUUUAACUUUGUAUAGCCCAUGUACCUACCUUGUAUAGAAAUAUAAUUUUAAAAAUUUGAAUGGAAGGGGGGUAAAGUAAGGAAGUCAUGAAGUUUUUUUGCAUUUUUACUUAAAUGAAGGAAUUCCAAAUAACUCACCUACAGAUUUUUAACCCAAAAAUAGCCACUGUAAAGUAUUAAAAUUUAUGAUAAUUAUUCUACUAGGGAGGGAAGGUAACUAUAAUCUCAGUUAUAGUUUUGUUUUCUUUUUAAUUUCAUUCUUUUGGGGUUUUUUUUGUUUCUUUGCAGUCCUAUUUAUCUGCAGUCAUAUUAAGUCCUAUUGCUAGAAUAGGUUACUACCAAAAAGAUUAUAUUCUGAAAGAAAAAUAACUGACAUUAUAUAUAACCAAUUAAUUUAAAGUAUUGCCAUUUAAAUUACACACUGAGAGCAUGUACUAUGCAGACAUAGAUUUUUCUGUUCAUUUAUUUUUCUUCAUUGCAGUGGACUGAUAGAUGUGUUGAAUUACUACAUUUGCUGUACAUAUUAUUUAAUAAACUUUAUUCAGAAUUGCGUGGCA